AUGAGUAAGAAGAUCUCUUACGAUUCGCAGAGACAAGCUUCACUGUCACAACAAUUCGACCAUGUUAAGGCCAUGAUUGACACUGAGUCCAAUGCUAGGGCAACCGAACCUGUGUCUUUACUAGCGGUCUCUAAAUUGAAACCGGCUAGCGAUAUACAGAUCCUUUACGAUCAUGGUGUCAGAGAAUUCGGUGAGAAUUACGUACAAGAAUUAGUAGAGAAAGCUGAAUUGUUACCAUCAGAUAUCAAAUGGCAUUUCAUUGGUGGUUUGCAAACAAAUAAAUGUAAAGAUUUGGCAAAAGUACCUAAUUUAGCAUAUAUUGAAACCCUGGAUUCCUUAAAGAAGGCCAAGAAAUUGAAUGAAGCUAGAGGUAACUAUCAACCGGAUCAACCAGCCAUUAAAUGUGACAUUCAAAUUAACACGUCCGAUGAGAACCAAAAAUCUGGUCUACAGGAUGAAAAUGAAAUCUUUGAAAUGGUACAAUAUUUAGUAUCUGAUGAGAAUAAAUAUGUUACGCUGAGUGGGUUAAUGACUAUUGGGUCCUGGGAUGUAUCUCAUACUGAGGGGGAAGAAAAUAAAGAUUUUUCAACUUUAGUUCAAUGGAAACAAAAGAUUGAUGAGAAAUUUGGUUCAAAGGUAAGAUUAUCAAUGGGUAUGAGUGCCGAUUUUAAGCAGGCUAUAAAGCAAGGAACUUCAGAGGUAAGAAUUGGUACAGAUAUCUUUGGUGUUAGACCACCAAAGGAUCAAGCCAAAAUUUUAUAA